UUGUUAUUUGUAUUAAUAAGCUCGCAAAAUGCACAGAACUUAUUCCUUGAGAUCCCAGAGAGCGCCUACCGCUGCUCAGAUCGCGUCCCCUCCGCCACCACCAUCCUCCACCAAGUUCAGUUUCUUCGGUAAGUCCUCCAUCUCUUCUUCCUUGAAGAAGGGUGCCACCUCCAACUUCGGCCCGGAAUUGUCCCGUAAAUUGUCCACCUUCGUCAAGAUGGAGAAGAACGUCAUGAGAGCCAUUGAAUUGACUGCGCGCGAACGUCGUGAAGUUGCCAAGCAAUUGUCCCUCUGGGGUGAGGGCAACGACGACGAUGUGUCUGAUGUCACCGACAAGUUGGGGGUCUUGAUCUACGAAAUUGGUGAAUUGGAAGACCAGUUCGUCGACAAGUACGACCAGUACCGUAUUACUUUGAAGUCCAUCAGAAACAUCGAAGCCUCCGUCCAGCCAUCCCGUGACAGAAAGCAGAAGAUCACCGAUGAAAUCGCCCACUUGAAGUACAAGGACCCACAGUCCCCAAAGAUCCCGGUCUUGGAGCAGGAGUUGGUCAGAGCUGAGGCUGAGUCCCUUGUCGCCGAGGCCCAAUUGUCCAACAUUACCAGAGAAAAGGUCAAGGUUGCGUUCAACUAUCAGUUUGACGCCUUGAGAGAGUUGGCUGAAAAAUUGGCCUUAAUUGCCGGGUACGGUAAGGCUUUGUUGGAGUUGUUGGACGACUCCGCCAUCACCCCUGGUGAGGGCAGACCAGCCUACGACGGCUACGAAGCCUCCAAGCAGAUCAUUAUCGAUGCCGAAAACGCUUUGGCCUCGUGGACCUUGGACCAGGCCGCUAUCAGACCAACCUUGUCUAUUCGUGGCGACUACGAGACCCAGGACGGGGAGCUCUACGACGAAGAAGAGGAGGCCGCCGAGGCCGAAUGGGCUGAACACAACGGUUCUGAAGUUAAAUAGGAACCGCGUUGGUGAGUUGAUUUCACCGCCUAAAAACUGC